CAGACAGCUGAAUGUGAGGGGUCAUAAAGCUGGAUAAAUGCAGUGGCCAAUCUGCCAGGCAACUGUCUUGUUCUGUGGCAGAUCUUUUCUUCUUCCUCCUUCUCUUUCGCUCUCCCUCGCUUCAAGUGUCGCUCCAUUUUGUCUGUGCUCCUUACAGCAAGAAAGUAAAGAUGCCUCAUGCAUAUCCAUUCCUAAGCCCUGAUCAGAAGAAAGAGCUGAGCGAUAUUGCUCAGAGAAUUGUUGCUCCUGGAAAGGGAAUUCUUGCAGCUGAUGAAUCCACAGGCAGCGUAGCAAAGCGCUUCCAGAGCAUCAACGCUGAGAACACAGAGGAGAACAGGAGGUUGUACCGUCAGUUGCUUUUCACCGCUGAUGACUGCAUCCUGCCCUGCAUUGGAGGAGUCAUCCUUUUCCAUGAGACUCUCUAUCAGAAGACUGAUGAUGGCAAGCCUUUCCCUCAGCUGAUUAAGGAGAGAGGCAUGGUGGUAGGAAUCAAGGUGGACAAGGGUGUGGUACCUCUGGCUGGCACCAACGGAGAAACAACCACACAGGGUCUGGAUGGGCUGUACGAGCGCUGCGCUCAGUAUAAAAAAGAUGGUGCUGACUUUGCUAAAUGGCGCUGCGUUUUGAAGAUCACCCCCACAACACCAUCCAAUCUUGCUAUUAUUGAGAAUGCCAAUGUACUCGCCCGCUAUGCCAGCAUCUGCCAGAUGCAUGGCAUUGUGCCCAUUGUGGAGCCUGAAAUCCUGCCUGAUGGUGACCAUGAUCUGAAGAGGUGCCAGUAUGUGACGGAAAAGGUCCUGGCAGCUGUGUAUAAGGCUCUUUCAGACCACCACGUGUACCUGGAAGGAACCCUGCUAAAACCCAACAUGGUAACCGCUGGUCACUCUAGCUCCCACAAGUAUGCCCCUCAAGAAAUUGCCAUGGCAACUGUCACUGCCCUGCGUUGCACUGUUCCCCCUGCAGUUCCUGGCAUUACCUUCCUGUCCGGAGGCCAGAGUGAGGAGGAGGCCUCAAUCAAUCUGAGUGCCAUUAACCAGUGUCCCCUAAUCAAACCCUGGGCCCUAACCUUCUCUUACGGUCGUGCCCUGCAAGCCUCAGCACUGAAAGCCUGGGGGGGCAAGAAGGAGAACGGCAAGGCCUGCCAAGAGGAAUUUGUCAAGAGAGCCAUAAACAACAGCGCAGCAGCAGUUGGAAAAUAUGUCUCCAAAGGAGACACCGGAGCAGUGGCAGGCGAGUCUCUGUUUGUGGCCAACCAUGCUUAUUGAAGAAACACAAGUGACAACACUUCCGCUGACUCAACCGGAUGUUUGCUCCUGUUCACACUGUGAUGCAUCAUAUCUGUAACCUAGACUCACUGUUACUCCUUUAGUUAUUUUUUCACUGUCAUUUGACAAUGAUGUCAAAGAAAAUAAGUAUCAUUGUAACUGACCACUCAGUUGAUAAAAUCAUUCAGUCUG